GGAAAAUUUGAACGAAUUUGGUAAAAAAGGGUCCCACUAACAGCAACAAGAUGAUACAGGCUACAGAGGCUGGGAAGGCCCACUUGCCACACCACAUCGUCUCACCUCCUGACGGGACAAAAAGAUUGCUUAUCACAUAGUAGCACUUGCUCUGCGUUGAGAAGAGCUCAGCUGGCAAUGGAGCCCGGAGCUACCACGCCAAAAUCAGGAAAAUGCAGCAUCAUGAUUUUCGCAGCUUCCAAUUCAAGCAGGCAAUCCCUUGGUUUUAUGCGUCAUCACAGGCCUCAAUUCAAGGCAUGCUCUCUUUCCCUCAAUGGCUGCAGACCUCAAGGAGUAAUUCGGCAUCCACUAAUCCCAGUUGGUACCAUUGAGACGCGCACUCUUCCCUCAGUUGCGUCGCCGGCAAUGGCUAUGGACGCCCUCAACUCCGCCGUCUCCCACCUCAUUUCUCAACCUCCUCUUUCUACCUCCGGCAUCAUCCGCCUCCAGGUGGCGAUCGAAGGACAGAUUGAGGCUAUUGAUUGGCUCCAUUCCCAGUCCGAACUUUUGCUUCCUCGCUGCUUUUUCUCAGGUCGAGCGACGCAUCCCUCUCUUGGAAAUGGCCAUACUUCAAUGUCUAUGGCAUGCGAACACAAAUUAGUCAGCAUCGCUGGUGUCGGUUCCGCCGUCUUCUUCCGGCAGCCACAUCCUUUUUCUUACGACGACUGGCUUUCCAUCAAAAGGUUUCUUUCUGAGAGAUGCCCAUUAAUCCGAGCUUAUGGAGCUAUACGUUUCAAUCCCAAAGCUAAGGUGUCGCCCGAGUGGCUGCCUUUUGGUUCUUUUUACUUCAUGAUUCCUCAGGUCGAGUUUGAUGAGCUUGAAGGAACGUCGAUGAUCGCUGCAACUAUUGCGUGGGAUAAUGCUCUUUCCUGGUCAUGGGAAAAUGCAAUCAAUGCACUCCGAGCAACACUUUGCAAGGUUUCUUCUUUCAUUGUGAAGUUUCCAAAACAAGCUCCUCGAACAUCAAUAAUAAUCAGUCAUAACAUUCCUUCUAAGGUAGAAUGGGAUCGUGCCGUUAACAGAGCUUUGCAGAUGAUACAGAAAAACCACUCUUUACUAUCCAAGGUUGUGCUGGCUCGAAGUACCAGAGUAAUGCCUACUGCUGACAUUGAUCCUCUUUCGUGGUUAGCAUCCUUACAGGUUGAAGGUGCAGAUGCUUUCCAGUUUUUCUUACAGCCACCUAAUGCACCGGCCUUCAUUGGAAACACACCAGAGCAACUAUUUCACAGAAAAUGGCUUCACAUAACUAGUGAAGCGUUGGCUGGAACCCGUGCAAGAGGUGCAACAACAGCACUGGAUCGUCAAAUCGCACUAGAUUUACUUUCCAGUCCAAAGGAGGAUAUGGAGUUCACUAUAGUCAGAGAGACCAUAAGAAGUAAAUUGGAGGCAGUGUGUGAGGAUGUACUGGUGAAACCAAGCAAAGCAAUAAGAAAACUCCCAAGGAUCCAACAUUUAUUUGCUCAAUUAGCUGGCAGGUUAAGAAGCGAAGAAGAUGAGUUUGAAAUCUUGUCAUCACUUCAUCCAAGUCCUGCAGUUUGUGGGUUUCCAACAGAAGAGGCACAAAUUUUGAUUGCAGAUACAGAAUUAUUUGAUCGAGGAAUGUAUGCUGGACCUGUUGGUUGGUUUGGAGGUGGGGAGAGUGAGUUUGCUGUUGGCAUCAGGUCAGCUUUGGUGGAAAAGGAUAUGGGAGCAUGGAUAUAUGCUGGAACAGGUAUAGUGGAAGGAAGCAAACCUUAUUUGGAGUGGGAUGAGCUAGAACUCAAGACAUCGCAGUUCACCAAGUUGCUCAAACUUGACUUACCUCGAAGGCAACAGGUUGAUGUAUAUGAGCCUUGAGCAGCACCUAUUGAUAAGUAAAUUAAGUUGGGUGCAAUCUUGUUUCACUGUGGUUUCGUUUGGUUUCAGCAUGGCAUAUAAACAGUCAAAGAAUAAUUGGGAAUAUCAACCGUUGACCGUCCGGCAAUGGUAAUGACCAUAUUGAAGUGGUGUGUUGGACAAGCGCUCUUACUAUGAAGAAAAUGCUGGGCCUGCUCGUUGCUCAUUUGAGGGCAUCCAGGAACACUCAAUAUUUUGUGGCUAAGAACCCAACAUUAUUUUUCAAAGUUAAAAAGGCAUUUUGUAACGGUCGUUAAUAAUGCGAUCGUAUGCCAACUAACUCAAAGCUAUAGCUCUAUCAAUUUUCGUAGAGAACAAUAUUGAGCUUGUUUUAAGGUGGCUAUGUAUGAUGAAUGUGGAUGCAGUAAAAGCGCCUCAACUAAGCGAUGCAAGACGGGCAUUCCACUAAUCUGGCUUCAAGUCAACCGUAAAGUGAGUCGAUUCGAUAUAACGCUGAAUUUACUUGUAAAA